CAUGUUGAUCAUAAUGACCAAAACAUUCGCCAAAAGUUUGGAAACAUUUUGUGUAUUGUAGUGGUAGUCGUCUGAAAUAGUUUUUAGUUGGUGUGUACAUUUUAAAAGAACAAUUUACUUUGCGAGCCAAAGCCAUCAUGUGCCAGUCUGGCCAGCAACGAUCUUUUUUGAGUAGUUCUUAUGCCCAACCUCGUUUUUCCAGCACGAGCUCCCCUCGGGAAUCUUGUCGCGUCCAGCGAACCAUCGAGCAAGAAAUCCAGACGAUUAUUGAUAACGCGCAAGCAGACAUCCAGCGCAUCGAAUCGUUGGAGAAUGAUCCGGACCGACGACUGUCGCGCAGCAUGGAGAUCUCGCUGCAACUGUGGACAAAACUGACCGCGAUUCGCGAUAAAUACAAAAGCGAGCUCAAACAGAAGCAGGACGAAAGGAUGACCUUUGAGAACGAUGCGCGCUUGCAGACUGAGCAGACGGCAAAAUCCGUGGCCGAUUUGGCAGCUCAGAUCGCCAGCACCAACGAGGAAACGUUAAAAAUCGAAAAGGAACUGGAAAGUGCGCAAUGCUACCGGAAAAAGAUCGAUGACGACACCAAGGCUAUGGAAGAGCAGAUUAAGAAGUUGGUGGACGAAGGUGCUGAUGCGCAGUGGCAGUUAAAGAAGAUUACUGCGGAUGUAGAAGAAGCGCAGAGGGCGCUGUGCGAAGCAGUAUCUGGACGCAAAGAGCGACAGAAGCGUCUGACGUGGGAAGCCGCGUGCGCCGAAGCAGUAUUUCAAGAAGAAGUCGAUAAGAAGAAAUCUGAGAUUGCGGCGACCGAAAACGAGAAUCGGUUAUUGGAGAAACAACUGUCACAAUCCGAUGAGUGCAAUGCAGUGCAACAAGACAUCGCCGCCGCUAAAUCCGAGCUGAGGAAAUUACGCAACGAAAACGACAUUAUCGCAGCCGAGAUCGAGGAUAUUCAGGUCAACAAUGAAAAACUCCGUAAAGCGUCGGCUGAAGCGCUUAGGGAAAAAGAGAAACUCGUUCAGGAAAAGGAGGCGUUUAAAGAGCAGGAAGAAAGAAAAAUGGCCAAAGAGAGAAAAAACCAAGAAAAUAAGCUGCAGCAACAAGAGAAUGCAAUAGCCGAAAUCCGCAAACAACAGCAGAACAACCGUAUGCGCGCACAGGAAAUGGAGAGCGAUGCGAAGCUGUUAGAAAACGAAAUCGAGCAGAUUAAAAAGCGCUGUCGAGAAAGCGAGCAACGAUUGAAUGAGGCAAGUGCGGAACUGCAACGGUCAAAGCAGACGGAAAAUGUUGAAAGAGAAUUUCAGCGCGAACUCUGUCAACUGGAGAACAAAACGAACCAAGACCUGCGAGAUAUCCGCAAUAAAGUGCAAACGCUAAACAAGCAAAAAACCGACACUAUGGAAAUGAUCCGUCGUGUGUGUGAGGAAAUUGCAAAAAUGCGGGAGAUGAUACAAGAAGCGGAGAAAAUGUGCGCACCGACGUUUCGCCGUUUGCGCGAUUUGACCACCGAAUACGAAACACUGAAAGGUCGCAAUGAUCGCGCAAGCAACACCAUCGCGUUUUACGACAAAAUCCGGGCAUCGGAGAAUCAGUAUGUCGCACUGAAAUCGGUCUUGUCCACCGCUAAUGCCCGUCGCGAUUUCUGCAAGCACAAGGCGUACGCGGAUAAUGUGGUGCGGGCGGCUACAGUGAACAACCUGGACCAGCCAUGUUCCUCGAGAAAGAGCCAAGCGGAAACAUCAAAACCGUUUUCUUGUCUGAACACUAAUCUCAAUCGAAACACUAUUGCCCGCAGCAGCAGAUUGGAUGCUCCCGAGUAUAAAUGCAACGUUCGAUAAUCACCGUAUAAAAAAUCCUCUGCACAAAGGUUGCUGUUGUUGACGAAAUUCAUUUCCUUGAUGUGGUAAAAGUAUCAGUAAGGCAAAGCUAUCGUUUAUGUGGCAUCAGAAAACUAUAUACAUGAUUAUUAAUUAUUGCUCAUUCA